AUGGCCAGUCCAGCAUUGCAAGCCAAGGCGCAGGCUCUGAACGCCAAGAUGGAGGCAGCAGCUCGUGCUGAGAUUGCAGAAAUUGAAAACAAGACUAUCCGCAAAAUUGGUCGCAAGGGUGUCGAAUGCACACUGAAAUGCUUCGACAAGGCUGGAACGACGGGACCCAGUGAUGUGCUCCAAAAUUGUGCGAACCAGUGCCAGAUGCCCAAUCAGCAGGCUGGUCAACUACUCAACGCUGAAGUCGGCCAAUUCCAAAACAGGCUGAGUCGCUCCAUGAUGGAAUGUCAAGAUAAAGCCAAGGAUUUAAUGUACCCUGGAAUUGAAAAUGAUGCAAAGAAGAUGGGCAAGGUCGAAGAUACGAUGCUGGCUUGUAUGAGUAAGACGGUGGACACUCAUAUUGGUUUGUUGAAACCAAUGAGGCAGAGAGUUGAGAGUCAGCUCAAACAACUUGGUUAG